AUGAGGUUCAUUCUCAUUGCUUUCAUGGCCAUGAUUGGCGCUGCCUUGGCUGCCGAUAAAGCCCCUCCCACAGUAAGAGUAUACGCACGACCAACCUCAGCGUUUCUAACCGAUUUCAGAUUGCUGCAGGCCAACCCUGCAAGCAAGAUGGCAGUGCUGGAAACUGUGCUAGCGGAUUCUGCUUGCAACUUCCUCACGAAAGCGAGGGAAAGUGCUCUUGAACUUCGGGUAUGA